UUUUCCCUCUCAAAUUUCAAAACACGGCGCCUAAAUCCAUCUUAUUGCGCUCUCUUCUUAUUCUUCUUCAAAAUUCCAGGGUUCGGUAUCUCGUCUCUCAAUCAAUUACAGACAGAAGAGAAUUCGUCCCUACCAUGGAAAGCGACGACGAAGUUCUGCGGUUUUCCUCCCCGGAGGGAGUUUCUCCAGUCCGCGAAAGAAAGCUGAAGCGUUUGAAGAAAGCAAUUAGGGUUUCAGAUCCCCAAAUCGAGCAGUCUGAUGAUCGAGUUUUAAUAGCAGAAGCCAAUUCAUCUCAUUGUGAAACCCAAGAAUUUGAAGGAACGGAAGAGUUCUUGGUGUCUAGUUCGGGAUCGGAGGAUUAUGAAGGGGGAAACGAUCUGGAUUCUGGACUUACUGGUUUGGGUACUGAGGGCAAUGGUUUGGGGGCUAAGAGGGCUUUGGAUUUUGGGACUUUUGGCGUGGGAUCUGGUGAAGAUCGAAGCAAUGAGAUUGGAGAGGGCAGUGGGGGUGAUGUGUCGAUUGAGGAACCGGAGAAGACUCAGCGUAAUUCUGACUGUAUUGAGGAAGAGAAGGACAAAAAGAAGAGGAAGAAGAGGGAUGAUGGUGGUGAGGGUAGCGAGACUGAUAACAAACGGAUGUCGGAGAAGAAGAGAAGAGAACAUCUAAAAAAACUCCACGCUGAAUCUCAGAGGCUGCUGCGAGAAACUAGAGACGCAAAGUUUAAAUCCGCACCACUUGUUCAGAAGCCUAUAUCUUCAGUUUUGGAAAAGAUUCGACAAAGAAAGUUAGAGGUUGCACGAAAAUCUGCUAUUAUAAGAGGUACGUCUUUCAUUGAUGACAGUGACAGUUUAUCAGGAGAGGAUUUUGUAAACCCAGAGUUAGAAGACAGAGAAGGAGAUAGAGUUCCAGUAACUAUAGAUGAGGAGAAAGUUGCAGGUGGGACUGAAGCAGAGGGUAGCAUCGAUGGGCUGCAGAAGGAUGAAUCUGAUAUCAUACACACCCGAAUAACAGUUCCUCCUCAGUUAGUUAUGGAUGGGGAAUCAAAGCAGUCACAAUCAUUUCGUGUUCCUAUUGGUGAUACUCAGGAUUUGUUUUCUGAUUCCCAAACAAGUGACUCUAAAAAUGAGACACCAAGCAGUCCUUUGGAAGAAGAAUUUGUGCCUUCAGUACUUGCAAUGAGCUUAAAGUUUGACUCUGCCCCUCCCGAUGAUGUUACUUCUGAUGAAGAAGAAGUUGAUGAUGACAAAGAGAAUGUUAAUCCCCAUCCAUCUAGACCAGCUGGUUUGGCUUCAUCUCCCACUGGUGAUCCUGUCAAAGCUUUUGUUGAUGAUGAAGCUGAAGAAGAGGAUGAUAGUGACAAUGACCUGUUACGAUUCAAAGAUAAUGAUGAAGAUGAGGAUGAUGAAGAUCUUGAAGAUCUUAAAGAUAUGAUAGCAACUGGAUAUGAAGAAAAGCCAAUUGAUAAUGAAAGGCGCAAUGAACUUCACCAGAAGUGGCUUGAGCAACAGGAUGAAACUGGUACUGAAAAUCUUCUGCAGAAGUUGAAGUAUGGUUCAAACAUUAGAGAACCAACUUUAAUUGAAGAGAAAGAAGAUACGGAAGGUGAGGAAGACGAGGAGACUGGUGAUGAUGAAGCAUCAGAAGAGUUGACUCCAUCAAAUCUUGUGAAGAUGAAUUUAAGGAAAGUAAAGCAAAUGAUUCCUCAAAUGUUUACAGACAGCAAUGAUGCAUACUUAUCAUCUGAUGAUGAUGAAACAGAAAAGAGGCACGCCAGACAGUGCUUGCUUGAGAAAGCUGAGGAGCAGGUUACUUUCUUGUCACCAGCAGAAGAUGAAAGUUCGAGAGAAGUUUUUUGUCGUAUAAAGAAGCUGAAUCUUGUGCUUGAUACUAAGAAGAGAGCUAAAACAAAUACACAUUUUGAUAUGUCUCACAUGGGAGUAAACAGAAGCCUUUCAUCAAGGUCAUCUUUCCUUAGCCGGGGAGGAUCGAGUAAUUUGCCAUCAUCCAAGAGGCAAGGAUCAACAACAGCCCGUUCUUUUAUCUUUGAACGAGACGAUAGCAAUAGUAGGAGCACAAUCACAGCGUCGGAGGAUACUUCAGAAACGGACAAGCAAAUUCAGAGAGAGAAUCGACCAAAGGCUGCGUCCGUUAAGAUUAGCAACUCUCAAGUAAAGAUAACCAAAAGCUCAUCUUCUGUAACGAAGCCAGAUACUUCAUUAUUGGAUAUAUUGAAGCGAACUUCUAUGACAUCAAAGCGAUGCAAAAUGGAUAGUGUGGUCACCCGAACUGAAUCUAUGUUAGCUUCGUUCAAGUUGGUGAAGAAACCGGUGAAGACUAAUGAAGAUCGUAAUAUAUAGCUGGCAACUUUGAAAUGAUGUACUGCAUAAUCUACUGAUUCAGAUGAACUCAUUAAAUAUUUGUGCGAUUCACAUUAAUUGGUUGCAUUAUAUAACACAUUAAUUUUUU